GCCAUGAGGUCGGACAGGCAGCGCGGAGACCCAAGCGCCGCCGCUGCCGCCGGCGGCCCCGGACUCGGUGCGGAGCGGCAGGCGGUCCCGUGGUGCCGGCCGUUGUGCCUGCUGCUGGCCCUCAGCUGCUUGUGCGCCGUUGCUGAUGGUGGAAGAGCAAAAUGUGAAGAAUCCCAGUUUCCAUGUAGCAAUGGACGUUGUAUUCCUUUACUCUGGAAAUGUGAUGGUGAUGAAGACUGUUCAGAUGGCAGUGAUGAGAAUGCUUGUGUCAAGAAGACAUGUGCUGAAUCUGAUUUUGUGUGCCUCAGUGGUCAGUGUGUGCCUAACAGAUGGCAGUGUGACGGGGAUCCAGACUGUGAGGAUGGGUCUGAUGAGAGUGCUGAACUGUGCCAUAUGAGAACAUGUCGGGUAAAUGAAAUCAGCUGUGGUCCUCAGUCAACCCAGUGUAUCCCAGUGUCUUGGAAGUGUGAUGGUGAAAAAGACUGUGACAGUGGAGAAGAUGAAGAGAAUUGUGGCAAUGUCACUUGUAGUCCAGCAGAGUUCACGUGCAACAGCGGGCAGUGUAUUUCCAAGAGCUUUGUCUGCAAUGGUCAAGAUGACUGCAGUGAUGGCAGUGAUGAGCUGGAGUGUGCACCCCCUACCUGUGGAGUUCAUGAGUUCCAGUGUAAGAGCUCCAGUUGCAUCCCCAUCAGCUGGGUGUGUGAUGAUGAUGCUGACUGCUCUGACCAUUCAGAUGAAUCCUUAGAGCAGUGUGGUCGUCAGCCUGUACCUCCUGUGAAGUGCUCUGCCAGUGAGGUGCAAUGUGGCUCAGGUGAAUGUAUCCACAAAAAGUGGCGCUGUGAUGGAGAUCCUGACUGCAAGGAUGGAAGUGAUGAAAUUAACUGCCCUUCUCAGACCUGCAGACCAGACCAGUUCAGGUGUGAAGAUGGGAACUGCAUCCAUGGGAGCAGGCAGUGCAAUGGUGUGAGAGACUGUCUGGAUGGCACUGAUGAAGCAAAUUGUAACAAUGUCAUUCAGUGCUCUGGACCUGGUAAAUUCAAGUGCAGAAGUGGAGAAUGCAUAGAUAUCAAUAAAGUAUGUAACCAGCAGAGAGACUGCAAGGACUGGAGCGAUGAGCCCCUCAAGGAGUGUAACAUAAAUGAAUGUCUGGUGAACAAUGGUGGAUGCUCUCAUAUUUGCAGAGAUCUCGUUGUUGGCUAUGAAUGUGACUGUCCAGCUGGGUUUGAGCUCAUAGACAAGAAAACUUGUGGAGAUAUUGAUGAAUGCCAGAACCCUGGAAUCUGUAGUCAAAUCUGCAUCAACCUGAAAGGAGGCUACAAGUGUGAAUGUAGCCGUGGCUAUCAGAUGGAUCUUGCUACUGGAGUGUGCAAGGCAGUGGGGAAAGAACCAUGUCUCAUUUUCACCAACCGCCGGGAUAUCAGGAAGAUUGGCUUGGAGAGGAAAGAAUACAUUCAGCUAGUAGAGCAGCUAAGAAACACCGUAGCUCUAGAUGCUGACAUUGCUGAGCAAAAACUAUACUGGGCUGACUUCAGCCAAAAAGCAAUCUUCAGUGCCUCUAUUGAUACCCGUGAUAAAGUCGGAACACACGUCAGAAUCCUGGACAACAUACACAGCCCUGCAGGAAUUGCUGUUGACUGGGUUUAUAAGAACAUCUACUGGUCUGACUCAACCUCCAAGACCAUUUCAGUGGCUAGCCUGGAUGGCAGAAAAAGAAAAGUGUUGUUUCUCUCUGAACUGAGAGAGCCAGCAUCUAUUGCUGUAGAUCCUCUCUCUGGCUUUAUGUACUGGUCAGACUGGGGUGAGCCAGCAAAAAUUGAAAAAGCAGGAAUGAAUGGAUUUGACAGACAGCAGCUUGUGACAACAGAAAUCCAAUGGCCUAAUGGAAUUGCUCUAGAUCUUGUAAAAAGCCGUCUAUACUGGCUUGAUUCUAAACUACAUAUGCUGUUAAGUGUGGACUUGAAUGGCCAGGACCGUAGAACUGUGCUGAAGUCUCACAUGUUCCUUCCUCAUCCUCUUGCUCUAACAAUAUUUGAGGACCGCGUGUACUGGAUUGAUGGAGAGAAUGAGGCAGUAUAUGGUGCCAACAAAUUUACUGGAGCUGAAGUGGUAACUCUAGUGAACAACCUCAAUGAUGCACAGGACAUCAUUGUGUAUCAUGAACUCAUUCAGCCUUCAGGCAGAAACUGGUGUGAAGAGAACAAGGCAAAUGGAGGAUGUAGCUACCUGUGCCUGCCUGCUCCUCAGAUAAAUGAACACUCUCCAAAAUACACCUGUGCAUGUCCUACUGGCAGCUUCUUGCAGGAGGAUGGAUUCAGAUGUGCAGUUUCAGGUACUGGAACAACUGUGGCUUACUCUGAGGCUAAAGAUACCAGCACAACAGAAAAGUCUCCAACUGUUGGUCUAGUUUCUGGAGCAUCCAAUAGCAGUGGUAUAACAUCUGAAGCAUCUGCAGCUGGAGGAAACUCAGCAGCUUGGACAGUUCUUCCUGUCUUACUGCUGGUGAUGGCAGCAGUGGGUGGCUACUUCAUGUGGCGUAACUGGCAGCACAAGAACAUGAAAAGCAUGAAUUUUGAUAACCCUGUGUAUCUGAAAACUACAGAAGAGGAUAUCACAAUUGAUAUUGGCAGACACAGUGCUUCAGUAGGACACACCUAUCCUGCCCUAUCUAUUGUAAGCACAGAUGAUGAUAUGGCAUGAACUCUGGAUCAGCAAUCACUUCCAGUUUACUUGUUUUACACUUUUUGGGGAUAGUAACCAGGUUUGUGGUUGAAAGACUUCCUCCAUUCUUGGAAGAAAGAAGAUACUUUCUGUAUGUAUGGAACACUUAUGUAAAUACCUAUUUUGUACACCUUAAACUGUAAAUACCUGUCCAUAACAAUUCAGCUUUCAGUGGUUAAAUUUUAUCAGUAACCCUUGAAUUGAUCAGUCAGUAACACCACUGACCAAAUAUAAAGCACUUUCCAUAGAAAGCCAUAUUCCAGCCACAACCUAACACCUGUAUAUAUGUCUAUAGGCCACUUGUAAAUACUGUUCUUAGAAACUCACUAUCGAGCACUUUGAAAUACUUCAAAUGUAAAUUAGUGUACACUAUCUUUUUCAAUGAUGGGGACAAUGGCAAUAGGAAAAAACGGGUUAAUAUGAUUGCCAAAAAAUUUCUAAACAGAAGUAAUUUUGUAUGUAUGAUUGAAACAAUUUUGUCUCUUACCUUUUAGAGAUGCACAAUUAUGAAUGCUCUUUAAGAAGCCACUGUAAUCUUAAAUGCAGAGGAGGGAA